CGAAGUUGGGAGCGAUGGGAGGGAUCGCUCAGUGCUGCGACUGGACGGCGCAGCGGCUCGUCUUGUGCCGGCCGUGACGAGACGCAGCCGGUGACAGCGGUGUCGGAGCGAUAAUGAACGCCUUCAGUAAGUGCUGGGAUGGAUGAGGAAGGUUUUGUGUCAGUGCGGGGCGGAAUAACAGUGUGCUGCCGUGUCUCCCGGCUCCGCGAUGGUGGCACCUCUGCGCGCUUUCCCUCCUGCUAUCCGGACCAGGGACACCACCGGCGGAGAAGUGACACACCGGCGUCGAAUUUUGCACAAUUAUCAGCGUGAGAUCAGACGUUCGAGGGAGUAGAAGGUAUACUGUCAUGGAGAAACAGAGCAGAGUCAAGGAGGAAAUGCCGACAUCGAAGGAGGAGAAGCGCAAGGAGAAGAAGCCGAAAUCUGGGAAGCUGUUCCGAAAGAAAUCGCUGAAGUCCGUGGGGAGUUUUAUGAACAGAAUCAUCAAAACUUUGGGCACUUUCACCCACUUUGGAGACGCGGACGCGCAGGACGCGGAGGACGACGACGGGGGGUUUCGAAAUGGCGCACCUUGCACCCUCAGCGCCGGCUCAGGAAUCAUCAAAGAGGAUGUACAAAUGGCUUGGGAUCGAGUGGUGAAGAACACUUCGAGCACGUCUUCUUCUCUGUGCACCGGCAGAGAGAAACUCCUCUACCAGUACGGAGACAAAGUCCCGGGUGUUCUGGGGCUGAAGAACCACGGCAACACCUGCUUCAUGAACGCAGUGGUCCAGUGUCUGAGCAACACCGACCUGCUGGCCGAGUACCUGGGCUUGGAGAGGUACAAGAUGGACCUGAGUCAGACCAGGAUAAACGGGGUGGUGAAAGCUGAGGAGACCAGGCUGGCCAAGGGAGAAGUCACGGAGCAGUUGGCAUCACUUGUCAGGGCUCUGUGGACUCUGGAGUACACCCCACAGCUGUCCGUGGACUUCAAGACUAUCGUGUCCAAGUACGGAUCACAGUUUCGUGGUAAUUCCCAGCACGAUGCCCUGGAAUUCCUCCUGUGGCUGCUGGAUCGCGUCCACGAAGACGUCAUUCUGGCCUCCCACAAUAACAACAACAAGACCAAAGCUCCUGGAAAGGGUUCCGCUGGAGCUGAGGAGGUUCUGUCUCCUGACCCGUGCCAGUCCCAGCAGCCCAGAGUUCAACACAGCUUCGUCCAGGAACAUUUCCAGGCACAGUACAAAUCUUCACUGACGUGCCCCCACUGCCUGAAACAGAGCAACACCUUUGACCCUUUCCUCUGCAUCUCGCUACCCAUUCCUCUCCGCCAGACCAGGCCGAUGUGUGUGACGCUGGUGUUCAGCACCAAAGGACAGCGGUAUCUGCGGGUCGGGCUGGCUGUGCCUCUGUUCGGCUCCGUGGCCUGCCUGAGGAGGAUGGUGGCCGACGAGGGGAAAAUAUCCCCGGACCAGGUGAUCCUGACAGAGGUUUACUCUACGGGGUUCCAACGCUCCUUCUUUGACGAAGAAGAUCUAACUAGCAUCGCUGAGAAUGAUGUCAUCUACGCCUUCCAGGCUCCACCGCUCUACAUCAGAGGAGGCUCUGCUCGGAUCUCAGGAUACCAUCACAGCCUGCCAUCUUCUCCGUACUCCACUGGACCUGAGGGUCAGAGGUUGCAGUCAUCUGGGACCUUAUCGUCAGAGUUCCUCAACCAGGGAGUCCCCGUCAAGAUUCUGCUGCUGGUGUGCAACGCUGCAGGGGCCGGCCAGCAGGCUGUUAGGUUUGGACCUCCGUUCCUAAUGAGGGAGGACCGGGGUAUUUCCUGGGACCAGCUGCAGCAGAGCAUCCUCAGCAAGCUUUAUUACCUGAUGAUCAAUGGAGCUCAGGCACAGAAUACCAGAGUGUUGUUCAACAUCCGUGUGGUGGGAGGAUCUGCAUUUUACAGCUACCUGUCCCCUCAGGACGGACGUCCACUCUACCACCCUGCUGUCGACAGAGCUCUGAAGCUCUGCGGCUCAGGAGGACCUCCACACGUGAAGCUCAUCAUUGAGUGGGAACACAGAAUCAAAGACUGCCUGUUUGGUAACAUUCACGAGGAGGUGGUGAAGGAUGCCGAGAGCGUGAGGAACCAGCAGCAGCAGCACGUCCAGCAGUACAGCUGCACCUUGGAUGAGUGCUUCCAGCUCUACACCAAAGAGGAGCAGCUCGCCCCAGACGAUGCCUGGAAGUGCCCCCACUGUAAGCAGCUGCAGCAGGGCGUGGUGAAGAUGAGCCUGUGGACGCUGCCAGACAUCCUCAUCCUGCACCUGAAGCGCUUCCGGCAGGUGGGCGAGCGACGGAACAAGCUCACCACGUUCGUGCAUUUCCCCCUGGCGGGCCUGGACCUGACGCCUCACAUGGUGCACCGUGGCCACAGCACCCAUCAGCCACCUCUCCAACCGGGCUGGAAGCAGCCCAGACGGCCGGACCUGGCUCCUCCUGACUUCCUGUACGAUCUGUAUGCCGUCUGCAACCACCAUGGAGGGAUGCAUGGCGGACAUUACACAGCCUUCUGUAGGAACUCGGUGGACGGCCAGUGGUACAGUUACGAUGACAGCAGUGCCGAGCCGGUUCCGGAGGCGGAGGUGUGCACACGUGGAGCCUACAUCCUCUUCUACCAGAGAAGAAACACCAUCCCCCCCUGGUCUGCCAGUUCCUCAGUCACUGGUUCCACCAGCUCGUCCGCCUCCGACCACUGGCUGGUCCGACUGACGGGGGGCAGUAAGAGGGGCAGCGUGGUGUCAGGUGGACCCAACCCUGGACCUUUAGGGCCCACACAGGCUCCAGAGUCUCCAGAGUUGCCAGUGUUUGGAGAAGAACCCCCAAGACGAGUAGAACCAAAUGUGUCUGAAGUCAGUCAGUUUGUUCGAGGAACCCAAGGCAGGAGUGUAAGCAUGAGAUCACCAACUAAGCCCAAGGAGACGCUUAACAAAGUUCUUCCUCUGCGGUGGUCUUUUGGAUCCAAAGACCGCAUUAAGCACUCAGUACAGGCACAGUCUGGAGAGCUGGUCGAGUAUCUGGAGUCUGGGCGCCGGCCACGCUGCACCAAAGACCCGAUUAUCUCGCUGGUGGCCACCCCACCACAAAGGAGCGUCCAGGGAAGAGUGUUUGAAGCAGGACAGGACUGCAGCUCACCCAGUGGCAGCAGCCUCAGCUGCACUGACAGACUCAGCUCAGACACUUGUUACUCCCCUAAAAUACCAGAGGGACAGAGCAGACCAUAUCUUGAGAGAGGCAUCAGCCAUGGAGUUGGAAACGGCAGCAACGUCAACGUCAGAGAUGAUGAUUCUCUGAGGCAGAGAUCUUGUAAAAGAGGAAGGCCGGACCAGGGCAGGACCCUGGAUUUCCAGCUGCACAGAGGGGCUAUUCUAGGUGGCCACAUCAGCCACAGCGCACCUCCAAGCAGAGACUCUACACUCAGAAGAUGCAAGGUCCAGACAGGGGCGACCUCCAGGGCACAAAAAGACUUGUUCCAGAUGGUCAUUCAGUCUGAGGACAGGAGGGGGCAGAGGAGGCAGGAAGCUCGGAGCCAGGACAGCCUCUUGUCUUUUUUCAAGCCUGGUUUCAUGAAGAAAGACAUCACUAGGUCACCCAUCAGGGGACAAGAUAAGUGUAUGAAUGGCCACGGACAACUGGGGAGGCUGGCAAGCAGUAAUUUAGCCAAACUGUCCCUCUCCAACGGUACACUGACUGCAGUGGCGCUAGAGGAGAGGAAGGGAAACAUCGUCCCCGGUUGUGACUCAAACGCCUGCAAAGUACAGCUGGUCAACGGAAAGACCGGGAAUCACGAGCCCGUUGACAUUAAGCGCGCCCACAGCUCCAGCAACAUCCAGACGAAGCUGGAUUUGACAUUUCGCAGGUGUGCCUCCCUGCAGAGGAACGGAGAAGUCGUGGUCCCUCCAGCCCACCGUGUCCUGCUGUCAGAGAAGCCGAGCUUCGCCACCCUGCAGCGGACACGAUACAGUACCACCUCCCUGGUGCCUCUGUGACAGCCCAGAAUGCCUGCUGAACACUAGGACCUCUGCUGAUUUCUGCACACGGCACCCAGAGAAGCCCCCAGACGGAGUCAUCACUUCUCUCUCCACUUCAUAGUACUGUUCUAACUUCUUACCUGUGUGUGUCUUAAACGAAAAUCUAUGCAGAGUUGAAUUACUGAGGAGAGAUACUGCUGUCAUGUGAUUUUGUUCCACACAUUUUGUUUGUUUACCGUCGAUAUAUGUUGGGGUUUUUGAUCAGCAUUCGGAAAGCGGAGGGCGAUUAGCAUGCUUUCAGUCCAUUACAACAUCUGUUUGGAGCGUAGGAAAGGAUCUUUUGCUUGUCGGUUUAUGUGGUUUAUACAUUGAAAGAGCGAAGCAGCAUAUAUAGUUUACAGAUAAUGGGCUAAGACGUGUAAGAUUGUUCUUAAACACUGCAAAAAGUACUAACAACGCGCUGUAAAUUGGCUGCUGUAAGAAGAUAAAUCAUUUUCUUUAUCACUUAGUGUCAGUUUAAUAUUCUAUUAUAUUAUUGAUGCACUUUUUUUUUUUUUUUUUAAGUAUUGCCAUAUUUUUUGAUAUGACCUGAGCAUACAUGCUAAUUUGGACAAAGAGAAAGAGUUUCUUUAAGACAUUUGAUGUACGAAUUGUAACAAAUGGAUGAAUAAAUAGGAUGUACAAUAUAUGAAAAGUGUAAAGGGACUUUCUAUACUGACAGCUUGGCUUUGUUAGUUUUUUCAAAAGCAAACGUGAAAUUGAAAAUGACUUCCUCACCAUGACCAUGACCCUAGUAAUAACACACACACAUAUAUUAACCACCUUAGUUAGACUUGAAACUCCUACUGAUAAAAUACCAACAUUAUCAGGUCCAGAUACAAAGGCGUCGCUUCCUUUGAAGCAGUUUUCUCAUUUGGGAUUGAAAAGGGGAUUCACACUGUGUACACAAUUAUUCACAUUUUGAUUUGUUGCAGCUUUAUGCUACAGCCGUUAAAUUUAAUUUGGUUCCUCAUUAGUCUGCAUUAAGACCUCAUAAUGAUGAAGCAAAAGCUGAAUUUUAUAUAAAUAAUAUAUAUAUUGUGUCUGCGAUAUUUUAUAAUAAUAAUAAGCAGUUAAUCGAGUUAUACCGACCACUUCUUACUGCUGUUGUUCCAUGUGCGUAAACUCUUCAGCUGUGGAGAGGCUCAUAUGGAUCCUACUGCUAAAUUAUGCUGCAAAUAUUUAAUAAAGUCAAAGGAAAGGCUCCUGCAAACAGCUGGAAAGUGGACUUCAGCUCCUGCUAAGUAUGUGUAAGAACAAAACUAACUAAAAAAAUAAAAUAAAAACCUAAAAAUAAAUAUUUACAUGCAUUUCAGUUUGUAUCAGAUGUAAAUAAAUCUUACCGAUCUAAGUAUUCAGACUGUUUACUUAAUAAUAAUAUGAAAUCAAGAUAUGACACUAGCCUUGCACAGGAGCAGGCUUUCAUUCAGAGCAUUUCUUUCCCCUGUUCAGCUUUCUGCCUGUCCCUGCUUCCCCACAGCAUGAUGAUGCCACCACCAUGCUUCACCACUGGGAUGGUACUGGGGAAGUGAUAAGGAAUGCCUGGUUUCCUCCCAACGUGACUCUUUAAUCAUGUCAGAGAAUCUUUUUUUGAGAGUCUCAAAGUCCUUGGGGCUUUCUUGCAGAUUUCAUUUGUCUUCCGCUAAGGAAAGGUUUCAGUUGGACCAUUCUGCCAUAGAGUCCAGAUAUGAGGAGUGCUGUAAUGCUGAAAUCUUCUAUCUGCACACAGAAUCUCUGGAGCUCAAGGAAGUGAUGAUAACGUUCUUGGUCACCUCUCUUACCAAGACUCUUCUCCUGCAGUUGUUCAUUUUGGCUGGAAGUUGUUGAAUACUUCUUCCAUUUUAGAACUACAGCAGCAGCAAUGUUUUUAUGCCUCGACACAAUUCUGUCUCUGAGCUCUGUGGCGAAGGAACAUUUUUUGCUGUAAUCUGCUUGUCAACUGUGAGAUCUUAUGUAGCCAGCAGGGUUUUCUUGCCUUAGAAUGGGCUUUUGGGAGUGACUAUGCAUGACAGUGAGUAUGAUCGGCCUCCAUAGGAAAUAGGAAAAGAAGUGAGUCUGUGUUGCCUUCUUUUGGAGAAAUUGGUGCAUUUUCCAGUUGUCUGUGACACUUUAACGAAAAUGUUUAUUGUACUUGAAUAACUGAAAGACCAAUUUACAAAGCUGAUUUUUUAUUUUUUUUAAUUCUUAGUGUUCAUCUUUUUGGUGGUGGGAAUUUUCAUUUAGGGGGUGCCAAAAACGUUGCUGCACAGGUGUUGGACUCUCCAUCACCAGAUCAUUUACAAUCAGUUGAAUUUACCCCCAGAGGGCUUCUACCAAGUGUCUGCUGUGUAGGACUAGAUGUUUAUAUCCCUUCUUGUAUACAUGAGACACCUAAGACUGUAGGAUGGUCCAGUAAAUGAGAGCAUCCUCUGGGUUAUCAAGUGGAUGCCCCCCUUCAUCGGUGUUUCAUUGAUCGGCCCAUGACAUCUCCAGAGGGUUCAGCAGUGAAUCAAAGCGUCCCAGGUUCACCCCCCAGAUGCCAUCUACUCACCUGAAGGCCCAGGUGGAGUCCUUUUUCUUCAUCCACAGCCACUGAUUUCCCUUUUCAGCAGCUCUGGAGAGGUCCUUGAUGGCCUGCUGGUGGGCCUUCCAACGUACUCCCAUCUCCUGGAGAAACCUUGAUGUGGAGGUGGCUACGAAUCGUCUGCAGCCUACUUCAACUGGUCGGACCCUCACCUUCCAGCCUCGCUGUUUUGCAUCGGCGGCAAGCUCCAUAUAUCUCAGCUUCUUGUGCUCGUAGGCCUCCUCUACUGAGCUCUCACAGGGCACUGUGAGCUCAAUGAUGUAGACGUGCCUAAGCGAAGCUGACCAUAGCACCAGGUCUGGUUGCAGGUUGGUGGAUGUGAUCUCAGGUGGAAACCAGAGCUUUUGGUCCAGGUUUACCAGCAUCCUCCAAUCACAAGCCCAAGAGGACCCCCACCCUCACGGACAGAUGUUGUUUCUUGCCAGCGGGUCCACGUGGGUGGAAGGCCGUUAACACUCAUCUGCUGCGUUUCCAGCACUACCUCCAAAUACUUCAGCACCUGGUUCUGCCACCAGGUGUGUCGGCCUUGAGCGAGGCUGGUCUUGCAGCCUACUAAGAUGUGUUUGACUGUAGCUGGAGUUGGACAGAGUGACUUAUAGCAAAGGGUCUGAGUACUUACGUCAAUGUGAUAUUUUAGCUUUUUCCUUUUUAAAUUUGCCAAAACGUCUAUAAUUUAGCUUUUGCUUUGUCAUUAUGGUGAGUUGAAUGUAGACUAAUGACAAAAACACUUUGAAUACUUUAUAUGUACAGUGCACAUAUAAAGUAUUCAAACUGUUUUUGUCAUUAGUCUACAUUCAACUCACCAUAAUGACAAAGCAAACGUCUAUAAUUUAGCUUUUGCUUUGUCAUUAUGGUGAGUUGAAUGUAGACUAAUGACAAAAACACUUUGAAUACUUUAUAUGUGCACUGUACAUUCAUUCCACAGCCGUUAGUCACAAACACCAUUUCUGUGUCUAUUUUUGCUGCUGGAGGGAAGAAACUUCAAGGGAACGUAAACAUAAAUCAUAAUUUUAUCUGGAUGAUAAAUCUUCCAUUUUUUUAAUGUACCAUCUCAGAUGCUUGUUUGUUUACUUUUGCAUUGUAAAAAAUUAUUCUCUGAAGAUUGUUAGUGAGAGUCCUGACUGGUUGCUACCUACACUGUAUCUGUCUUCACCUCUCAUGUUGUGUCCCUUAUCAUUACUGUUUAACACCAAAAUUAAGUGAUAGUAUAUGAAGGAUGUGUCUGAGACAUUGUUUGGGGGAAAAAAUGGCUAGAUUAUAUUUUAUUAACUUUUUUAAAGGUCUACAUUUUGUACCAGAUGUGUAAUUAUGUAAUUUAAGAUUAAAACUGUAUGUUUCAGGAUACUUGUAUAAGGUCAUAGAUUUUGGUAAGCGGGUUUGAAUUGGACACAACACACAAAAGUUCCUGUAUAGGACUGUCUAUAAUGUCUGCUUAAUGUAUUGCAAGUUUUAUGGAUUGCAAAUUAAACACAGCUUUUCUCACAAAUAACGGA